AUGCUUUUUUCUGUGCGGCGCAUCUUUCGUUCUAAAUCCAAAUCGGAUAUAACUCCUAGUGAUGUUAAGGAGAACCCAACUCCAGAGCCGUCACCAGAGCCAGUAGCUCAAACCCGUACAACAUUCUAUUACUCUGGUAUACAGACCUUUCAUAGCACAGAAAGUGACAAUGUCGAUAUCGUCUUCGUCCAUGGAUUGAAAGGAGACUGUCAAAAGACAUGGACGGAUAAAAUUUCAGGAAAUCCGUGGCCGAAAACACUCCUUCCCUUGGAGAUUGAGACUGCACGUGUUCUUACUUACUCUUAUGAUUCAACUGUCACCGGUAAGGAAGAUGGUCCUUCCCAGAAUCGAAUCUCCAAUCAUGCAUAUAAUCUCGUGACUGCUCUUGCAUCGCUUCGACAGAGCGAUAACACAAAUGAGCGACCUAUUAUAUUUGUCUGUCACAGUCUAGGUGGACUUGUUUGUCAGGAUGCUCUUGUCACAGCAAAACAACGCUCUGAACAGCACCUUCAAGAUAUAGUCAACUUCACUCGUGGUGUUGUAUUUCUCGGCACACCACAUCAUGGAUCAAGCCUUGCUAAGAUAGGGGAACUGGUCUCGCGCUCCGUUGGAUUCAUCAAGGAGACCAACAGCGACAUUGUUCAAGUUCUUACAAGAGACUCGGAAGUUUUAGCCCGAAUCCAAGAUAGCUUUCAGGCUCUUCUCAUGACGCGCAGCAAAGAUGAGACCAGCAUGAUAGACAUCACAUGUUUCUAUGAAGAGCUUCCAACAAAAAGAUUCGGGUUUUCCAACUCUGAUGAACCUGGAUUUUUGGCCAUUUGCGGAGAGCUUAAGCGUUGGAUGAAAAGGAUUCAGCAAGCACAGUUCAAGCCAAAGAAGCACUCUCAUGUUGCACAUUGCCUUAUUCCAUACACUUUUAACCCAGAUUUCGUCGGAAGAUCCGAGAUACUUUACCUACUGAAAAGUCAACUUGGAGAUCUAGAACCUCAACCUCAUGGCAGGGGCCAUCAAAGAGCUGCACUUUGUGGUCUCGGUGGAGUUGGGAAGACCCAAAUCGCAUUGUCGUAUGCAUAUUGGGUUCAUGAGAUUUCUCAAGAUACAUCAGUCUUUUGGGUUCAUGCCAGCAGCGUCGAAAAGUUCUCCGAAGGUUACACCAACAUUGCCAACGAGUGCAAAAUACCUGGGCACGAGGACCCAACUUUCGAUGUUUUGCCAGCCGUCCAAGACUGGCUGGAGAGCAAGGAGAGUGGAGAGUGGUUGAUGGUUAUUGACAACGCUGAUGACAUGCAACUUUUCUUUCCUCAAAAUGAAUGUUCUGAGAUGAAGCCAAACACUGAGAAGAGCUUAAGCCAGUUCAUACCGCAAUGUGCUCACGGCAGAGCCCUCAUCACGACGAGGAAUAUGCAAGUAGGCUCAAGACUCACAAAGGGCAAAUACCCUAUCGAAGUAGGCCAAAUGGACGAUCAAGAGGCGACUCAGCUUCUCCGUCAAGGCUUACAGCAAGAGGAUGAGUCGGAAAAGGACCUGAUUCAGCUCUCAACCCGUCUAGAGUUUCUUCCUCUAGCAUUGGUGCAAGCAGCUGCCUUCAUUCAAGAGAACUCCAUCACGGUCAACGAAUACCUCGAGCUCUUAGACGGAAGCGAAGACGAUCUUAUUGACCUUUUGAAUGAAGAGUUCGAGACUGUCGGGAGAGACUCCGAUACUCCUCGCGCGGUUGCCCAGACUUGGAUGCUGUCUUUCCAACAGAUAGAAAGACAGUACCCCUUCGCCAGUGAGCUCCUGUCACUGAUGUGUUUGUUCGAUCGUCAAAAAAUACCUCUUGAUUUCGUUGACUUUCACGCCAAAGAGAAUCUACCUCCAGGGUCAAACGUUAAAAUGCAACUUGUCAAGGCCCUUGGGAUUCUGAAGGCAUUCUGCUUCAUCCGGGCAGAGAAGGGUGGCGAUCAUACUAUGCAUCGUCUGAUCCAGUUAGUCACACGAACUUGGUUGGUGCGAAAAGGAAGCAUAGCCGAGUUCACGAGACACGCUUUUCUCGCUGUGUCGGACUUUUACCCCUUUGCAGACUUUGAAGAUGUUGAAUGGUGGUUCGAAAAGUUGACGACAUGCACUAAUUAUCUUUCCCAUGCAAACUCUGUCCUUGAAACUCAGAUAAUUGAAACGGAAGAAGACAGACUUAUCAGGGCUUCUUUGCUUCACAGAGUUGGAUCAUUCUUCUGUCACCAGGGUCGCCACAGGGAAGCAGAAAGAUUGCGGCGCGAGGGACUGGACAUCCGAAGAGAGUUACUCGGUGAAGAUCAUCUAGAGACUCACGUCCUCAUCUCCGACCUCGCAAGCUCGCUCGCAGAUUUAGGUCGUUACGAGGAAUCCGACAGGUUACUCACGGGCCUUAUUGAGACCUUGAAACGUCUCCAUGGUGACGAAAACGAGCAAACACUCGAUGCCAUGGCUAACUUGGCAGUCCACUUAUCAGAUCAAGAAAGAAUCGAUGAGGCAAUAUCGCUAGAUCGCCACGUCUUGGAGGCCAGGAAACGGAUACUUGGAGAAGAACACAUCAAUACAAUCCGAGUGAUGGACAACCUGGCAGUCCAUCUUGAAGGUGAAGAGGCGGAAGAACUACAAAGACGGGUUAUAGAAGUAAAGGUUAAGAUCUUGGGUGAAGAGCACCCCUCGACCGCUCACAGCAAGGCAAACCUAGCUAUGACACUCUUUAACGGGGAUGGACUCGGGGAGGCAGAAGACCUGUUCCUCGAAGCAUUCGAGGUCAAUAAAAAGAUCCUUGGCGAAGAGCACCCCACCACCCUUCGGGUUAUGGCCAACCUUGGACAUGUGUGGUUACUGUUUGGCCAGUUGUUCAUUGACGAUAGGCACUUAUACCCUGAUGUAGACAUGCUUGGGGAUGCAAAACGGUUGUUUGAAGAAUGCCUUAGGCUCCAGAUGAAGCGACUUGGGCCAGAUGAUAGCGAAACAAUUGCGACACGCGAGUUACUAGACGAAUGUCUAGAGGCGUUGGAGGUUGCGGAUCUUAUUGAUGCAGAAGCAGAGGCAGAGGCAGAGGCAGAGGCAGAGGAGGGCAAUGAUCAGACAUAG